AUGUCACCCGUACCAGCAGCCAUUCUUCGAGCUCUAUCUCUUCCGUCCGAUCCGUCAAAGGUCAGCCUCUCCACCUCCGGACUAGGUUCAGGCUUUACAAGCACAGGCGCCAUUCGUGCCAAAUUACCCAAAGAAGAUGGAAGCGAAGAAGAACGACGAUACUUCGUCAAGACCUCAGCAGAUGGUAAAGCCGCUGAAGAAAUGUUCCGCGGCGAGUACGAGUCUCUCAAUGCGAUCGCAGGCUCUGUGCCGGGAUUCUGUCCACGCGCAUUAGCCUGGGGGCCUAUGGACGAGGGAAACAGUAAAUGCAAGAACUUUUUCCUGGCCACCGAGUAUCUUGAUCUCGGGGGUGCGAUGGAACGCAGUUCGGGUGAUGAAACCAAUUCAACAACGCUGGCGUACAGACUUGGUAAACUACAUACUACGCCCGCGGCCCCAGACCCAAAGACUGGGAAGCCUCGAUUCGGAUUUCCUGUUCCCACGUUCUGCGGUGAUACCAGACAGGCGAACAAGUUCUAUGAUAGCUGGGCUGACUUCUAUGCUCAUGAGCGACUGCUCACCGUUCUCGCCACGUCUGAGCACCGCAAUGGUCGCGACGAGGGACUUCGGGAGCUCGUGGAGAAGACGGCCUAUAAGGUGGUGCCCCGCCUACUAGGUGACAGUCAUUUAGGAUACGAUUCCCAUGGUGAAGGCGAGGGGAUCGUACCGGUCGUUGUGCACGGCGAUCUAUGGAGUGGAAAUGCAGACCGGGGCCGCAUCGUGGGCAGUGGUCGUGAUGAUCAGCCUGGGGACGUAGUCUAUGAUCCUUGUGUUUGCUAUGGACAUAAUGAGUUCGACUUGGGAAUUAUGCAUAUGUUUGGUGGUUUUGGAGCUCGAUUCUUUGAUCAGUAUCAUCGGGUUGUGCCGAAGACUGCGCCGGUGGAGGAAUAUGAUGAUCGAGUGCGGUUAUACGAGCUAUAUCAUCAUUUGAAUCAUCAUGCUAUUUUUGGUGGUGGGUAUCGCUCGGGUGCAAUGUCAAUCAUGCAAAAAUUGGUUCGCAAGUACGGGAGAGAUGAAUAA